AUGAACACCAUUAACGAAAAUCUUUUGAAGCCGGAAAUUUCGCAAAGCGUCUUAGAUUCAAUGUUAGAGGAAGAAUUAAAGCAAUACGAUAUUUGUCAAAUACAGGACCAGCGAAAGAAUUCGAAGAGAAAAAACGUUUUGGGUUGUGGUGAUAAAAAUAUAACGUUAAACAUUAUCGAUGGUCAUUAUUUCAUUGAAGAAAGAACAAAUAUUACUAAAUCAUUUUGUAUCCAUAAAUACUUAUACGGUGAAGAUAUACCAUUAUCAUACCAAAAUAGGACUUAUUCAAAAAGUAAGGGGUGGGUUACUGACAAAAGAGAAGACAGAUUUUUAAUGUCCGGAGCUUUAAUAAGAUUGUUAAUAUGCAUCGAUAAGGUGAAUGUUAAAUUAAAUAAACCCUGUGUAUGUUUUAAACCAAUGACAUGGAAUGAUUUUAGCACAGUUCAAACAUGUUUUCAUAAAGAUAUAAAGGAUGUAGAGGAUGUAGACCUUCAGUACAAUCCUGAAUUUUGCACACGUUUAAUGAAGAAAUCAUUUAAGACUGAAAAAGACGAACAAACUACAUACUGGUACGCUGAUUUUGAAUCUGAUGUUUCAGGAGAGAUUCAUAAACCCUUUAUGGUAUGCCUUCAGAAUUCAUCAGGAACUAAAACAAAAACUUUUAAAGGUGAAGAUUGCGCGUAUGAAUUCCUUAAAUUCCUUCCCGAUAAAGCAAUAGUUUAUUUUCACAAUCUUGCAUAUGAUUUACGUAUGUUUUGUCAUAAAGGAGAAAUGCAACACAUGCUCCAGAAAGGAACUAAAAUAAUGAAUUCAACGUUAACAUUUGAAAAUAAAGUGUUACAGUUUAGGGAUACAUUACCGAUUUUAAAUUGUAAGUUAUUCGAAAUUCCUUCAAUGUUUAAUUUAAACAGUGGAAGAAAGGAAAUAUUCCCGUAUAAGUAUUACACACUUGAAAGAUUAAAAGAGAAUAAAGGAGUGAUUAAAGAAUGUGGAGGAGAAAACCCUUCGGGUUCAGGGCAUGCAGCCCAUGAAGAUAAAAUAUGGAAUGAUGAAGAUAUGAAGUUAUUUAUUUCAAACAUUGACGCUAUCCCUAACUGCAGAAUUGAUGAAGAACAUUUCGAUAUGUACAUUUACGCUGAAUUUUACUGCCAGCAAGAUGUAAAAAUAUUAAGGUUAGGAUUUAAUAAAUUCUGUCAUGAUUUCACUAAAGAAUUUAGAAUUUCACCACUAGACCACGUCAGCAUUUCAUCACUUGCUAACGAAGUGUUUCGACAGCGUGUAUAUCUCCCGAACGGUAACCUUUACGAAUAUUCUGGAGUAGUUCAAAAAUUUAUACAAAAAGCUGUACAUGGUGGAAGAUGCAUGACCGCUAAAAAUUUAAUGUGGAAAUUAAAUUUGAAAUUAACUGAUUACGAUGCUGUUUCACUUUAUCCGUCCGCAAUGGCGAGGCUUUAUACAGUUGAAGGAAUACCGCAAGUGUUUGAAAAUGUGGAUGUGAAUAAAAUUUAUGAUAAAUUACAUUCAUUCUUAACUGAUAAAACGGCAUAUGUUAUUGAAAUAGAGAUUGUCAAAGUCGAUAAACAUUAUACCUUUCCGUUAAUAGUUCAGAAGAAAGAUGGAUUAAAUUUGAAUGAUGAUAUAUUAAAAGAAAAGACAUUCAUGACGGUUGAUGAUAUAUACUUAGAAGAUUUAGUUAAGUUCCAAAAAAUACAUUUCAAAAUUUUACGCGGUUAUUACUGGACGGGGAAGAAAGAUUUUAGAAUUCAGAAAGAGAUAAGAAACCUUUUUAAUAAACGUUUGGAAUAUAAGAGGCAGUGUAAUCCUUUACAGCAACUUUAUAAAUUAAUUAUGAAUUCAUGUUAUGGUAAAACUAUUCAAAAACCAGUCGAUAGCGAAAUAAGAUUUAAACACGGUGAAGAAGAGAUUAAUGCUUAUGUAUCUAAAAACUAUAACUACAUAGCGGAGGAAGUUGAAAUGGGAAAUGAUACGUCGUUAUUUAAAAUCGUUAAACCCAUAGAUAAACAGUUUUCAAAUACAUUAUUAGGCGUUCAUAUUCUGUCUAUGUCAAAAAGAAUAAUGAAUGAGGUAAUGUGUUUAGCUUAUGAUUUGAAAUGUCAUAUAUAUUACCAGGAUACUGAUUCGUUUAUGAUUGAAAUUGACGACCUCCCUCGUUUAGAAGAAGAGUAUGAAAAGAUUUAUAAUCGUAAGUUAAGAGGUACUGAUUUAGGUAAUUUUCAUCCUGACUUUGAACCCAUUAACGGUGAAGUUCCUAUAUCCAUCGAAUCUGUAUUUCUUAUGAAAAAGAUGUACGUUCAUAAAUUAAUAAAUAGCAAAGGAGAAGUGGGAUAUCAUUUAAGAGGAAAAGGUUUAACACAGCAAAGUAUUAAAAAGAACUGUAUAGAUAAAGAAGGCGUUUAUGACCCCAUUAAGUUUUACACAUCCAUAUAUAACGGAGCAACUGCAACAUUUGAUUUAACAGAGGGGCAGCCGUGCUUUAAAUUCAAUAAAGACUUAACAGUUUCGACAUUAGAUACUUUCAAACGUAAGGUUAAAGCUUCUUAUGAAAAAGGUGAUAGGAAUAAAUAUUUUGAUGAAUAA